AUGUCACUAUCUACUAUUAUUUUUGAUAUAUUUUUCCUGUCAGUUGCUAUUGAAGGACGAUCAUUAUUGUUAAGUCAUUUAAAUCCAUCUGAUGUUAAACAUUUUGAAUCAAAACUUGACAGUAAAAUUGGUUAUUGGUCUCCUAGUACAAGUUCAAUUGAUUGGUGCGAACGUAAUUAUGCUGUAACAUAUUAUAUUGCUGAAUUUUGGAAUUGUAUCUCAAGUUUACUUAUGUGUUUAUUAUCGAUAAUAUUAAUAAUUCGAGGUUUGUAUAAUAAAAUUGAACAUCGUUUUUUAUUACUUAGUUUAUCCUUUGGAUUAGUUGGAUUUGGUUCAGCUUAUUUUCAUGGUACAUUAACACAUUUUGGUCAAAUGGCAGAUGAAUUACCAAUGGUUUAUUCAAUGAUUGUUUGGUGGUUUAUUUUAUUUCGUAUGAAUAAAGUAAAAUUAGUCAGUAGAAUAUCUCCAACUGAUAUAUUAAUUUUAUGUGGAAUAUUUUAUGGUUUUUUAUGGACUUAUGUACAUAGUUUACAAACAUUUGUAUUAGUAUUUCAAGUUCAUUUUACUUUGAUGGUUUUAGGAGGAAUUAUUAAAUUAAUUUAUUUAUAUCGACAAACACAACAUUAUACAUAUAAAAUAAUGUAUUUAGUUAUAGUAUAUGUUGGUUUAUUAGUUCCAGCUUGUAUAUGUUGGAUUAUUGAUCAACAAUUAUGUGAACGAAUGAAUAGUAUAGAUGGAUUUAAUCCACAAUUACAUGCAUGGUGGCAUAUUUUUUGUGGUUUUGACAGUUAUAUUGGAGUUGUAUGUAGUGAAGCCAUGCGACAUUUAUCAAUGAAAUAUAACGAAUUUCAAAUAAAUGGGGAAUCGUCGAAGAAAAUAUUUAAACCAUUAGAACAUUUGCAUAUUGGAUUUUGGUUUGGAUUACCUUAUGUAGAUUAUUCAAAAGAUAAAUCAAUUAACCAAAUAAAAACUCAUUAA